AUGAGAAUUCCUCUGUUUUCAUGGCUUUUCUUAAUACCCUUUUACUACUUUUCACUCAGCAUCAACAUAUUUCUUGUCUCCGGCCAGUGUCCCGGGGAUCAGAAAUCUUUGUUGCUACAAUUGAAGAACAGCCUCGUAUUUGACACUGCAACAUCUAAAAAACUUGUGAAGUGGAAGAAUGGAUCGGAUUACUGCUCUUGGGAAGGAGUGUCCUGCAAAAAGGGUUGUGUUUCGAAUCUGGACCUGAGCGGCAAGGCGAUUAGUGGUGGACUUGAUAAUUCGAGUUCUCUUUUCAGUCUGAAGUCAAUCGAGAACCUGAAUUUGGCUUACAAUAACUUCAACUACACUCAGAUUCCUUCCGAGUUCAAGCAGCUAACCCGAUUGAUUAAUCUGAACUUGUCAAAUGCUGGCUUUGCGGGGCAGGUUCCGAUUGAGAUUUCGCACUUGACGAGGUUGGUAACUCUUGAUUUGUCUACCUUUUAUUUCCCCGGAACUCCUUCGUUGAAUCUUGAGAAUCCGAAAUUGAAUGUGCUGCUUGCGAAUUUUUCUGAGCUUGUUGAACUUUAUCUUGAUGGUGUGAAUAUAUCAGCACAGGGGACCCAUUGGUGCCAAGCGAUAUCAUCUUCAUUGCCAAAACUGAGGGUGUUGAGCUUGUCCACUUGUAAUCUUUCAGGCCCUAUUGAUAGUUCACUGCUGAAGCUUCAGUCUCUCUCAGUUAUUCGUAUUGAGAACAACAAUUUGUCUACUAAAGUUCCAGAAUUCUUCUCGAAUUUCCCGAAUUUGACUUCCUUACGAAUGGUGAAUUCUGGAUUACAUGGUGCAUUCCCAAAGAAGAUCUUCCAGGUACCUACACUGCAGACUAUUGACUUAUCUGAUAAUGCGCAGCUUCAAGGUUCCUUACCAGAAUUUCCGAAGAAUGGAUCUCUUCGAUCCCUGGUUCUCAAUGGGGCAAAUUUUUCAGGCCAGUUGCUUCCAAACUCUAUUGGGAACCUCGAAUUCCUGUCCAAAAUAGAUAUUGCAACUUGCAAUUUCACUGGAUCAAUCCCGAAGUCAAUCGAAGACCUUACGCAGUUGGUUUAUCUGGACUUGGCGACGAACAAGUUCAAUGGUUCAGUUCCAUCCUUCAGUAUGGCCAAGAAUUUGACCCUAAUAAAUCUUUCCUACAAUCAGCUAACGGGUCAGAUUAAUUCCUCGCACUGGGAAAACCUGACUAAUCUGGUGAAUCUCGACUUGCGACACAAUCUACUUGAUGGGACUAUUCCGUCAUCUCUGUUUUCUCUUCCUUUGCUGAAGAAACUACAGCUUUCUAACAAUCAAUUCUCUGGUCUGCUGCUUGAAUUUGCUAAUAACUCUGUACUGGACACCCUUGAUUUGAGUAGCAACAAGUUGGAAGGUUCAAUUCCCAAGUCUAUCUUGAAUUUCCAAGGGCUUAAGAUUCUUUUACUUUCUUCAAACAACUUCACUGGCUCUUUCCUUCUGAAUGAUAUUCAGCAGUUAAGAAAUCUUUCGAAUCUUGAUCUUUCUUUCAAUAGCUUGUCUAUUAAUUACAAUGACAUCAAUUCCUCUCCUUCUUCAUUUUCAAAUAUUACCACAUUGAAGUUAGCUUCUUGCAAUUUGAGAAGAAUCCCAGGUUUCUUGAGAAGUCAAUCAACAUUAAACACUUUGGACCUAUCAGAAAACCAGAUUCAUGGUGAGAUACCCAACUGGAUUUGGAAGUUGAGUAGUCUUAGUCAACUAAAUCUUUCUUGCAACUCUCUGGUAAAUCUACAAGGUCCUUUCCUCAAUCUUACUUCUAAUAUGUCUGUGCUUGACCUUCAUUCCAACCAGCUUCAGGGACAAAUUCCAUUGCUUCCAAGAUUGACCAUUUAUAUGGAUUACUCAAGAAAUAAUUUCAGCUCAAGCAUUCCGGCCAACAUUGGUGAUUUCCUUAUGUACACUAUGUUCUUCUCUCUUGCAAGCAACAAGUUAAAUGGAAGCAUUCCAGAAUCAAUGUGCAAGGCACCAUAUCUUCAGGUUCUUGAUUUGUCCAAUAAUUCUCUGAGUGGCCCGAUUCCCCAAUGCUUGACUACCAUAAGCGGUGGGACACUGGCAAUACUUAAUCUAAGGAGAAACAGACUUAAUGGUUCUGUUCCUGAUGGAUUUCCUCAGCAUUGCAGUUUAAGAACUCUUGACCUCAAUGGAAAUCAGAUAGAAGGUAAAUUUCCAAAAUCUCUUGGCAAUUGCAGAAUGCUUGAGGUUUUAAACAUUGGAAACAAUCAGAUAAGAGAUACCUAUCCUUGCUUGUUGAAGAAGAUAUCCUCCUUGCGUGUCCUUGUUUUGCGAUCCAACCGUUUUUAUGGACACAUGGUAUGCAACAAAAUCAGUGGUACCUGGCCAAAGCUUCAAAUUGUUGACAUAGCUCGCAACAAUUUUAAUGGUGAAAUACGAGGAAGAUGCUUGAGAACCUGGAAAGCAAUGAUGACUGAUGAAAGUGAUGCCAAGUCAAAAACUAAUCACCUUCGAUUUCAAUUUCUAAAGUUCAGUCAGGUAUACUAUCAGGAUGCUAUAACAGUUACAAAUAAAGGUCUGGAAAUGGAGUUGGUAAAGAUUCUAACUGUUUUCACCUACAUUGACAUCUCAUGCAACAACUUUAGUGGAUCAAUACCUGCGGAGGUGGGAGAACUCAAAUCCCUCUAUGGCCUCAACUUGUCCAUCAAUUCUUUCACAGGCCCAAUCCCAUCAUCAUUAGGUAACCUACGACAACUUGAGUCGUUAGACCUUUCAAACAACAGCUUGAGUGGGCAAAUUCCAGUGGAGUUUGGGGGCCUUACUUUCCUUUCUUUCAUGGAUGUCUCAAACAAUCAACUGGUCGGGAAGAUACCAAUCAGUACCCAGAUUUCAACAUUUCCAGCGGAGUCCUUCGCAGGCAAUAAAGGAUUAUGUGGGCCACCUUCACUUGUAAAAUGCAGUGAUACCAACGUGUCACCAAAUGCAGCACCAAAGGGUCGAGACAAAGCAUCAAAAGUUGAGUUUGAUUGGCAGUCCAUAUAUACUGGAGUGGGUUAUGGAGUGGGAGGAGGAGUCGUUGUUAUCCUCUUAAUGGUGUGGGAAGAAGGAAGAAACUGGUUAGAGGACAGCAUUGACAAAAUUCUUCUGGUAAUUCUUCCAAUGAUGGGAUAUUCUUACAGAACUCAUGACGAAUGGGACGAUGAUGAGGAGGACGAAGAUUCCGAAGAAGAGAGCACAUAUAUCAUGCAAGACUAUAGCGGAGACGAGAUUGAUUCAGAAGACAGAUUUCAUAUAAUUAUAAACCCCGAAAUGCCGGUGAGGACUUUCAUCAAACAGGUGGAUUUUGGUGGCUCGGGCUUCCGCAUUCUCCUUUCUUUUGGACUCGUAUAUGGAAGCAUCUUCUCAACUGCUCAAGUAUCUCCAGACUCCAGAUGGAAAGGUAUCAAAUGA